UCUUUAACUACCUUCAUUUGUUCCUUCCUCUAAACCAAAUCACUAUACUUUUAACUGUCUAACUCCUUAUUAUUUAGUCUCUUUGUAUCAGUGUCAGGCUUUGUGGAAUUAUGGAUGUAAACAAGAAAAAUUAUUUCAAGAAACGUACAAACAACCAAUUUAAGAGAAAAGGAGCUGGUAUCAAGAAAGCUAAGUGGAACAAUUCUAGCCGUGAACAAUCUUUGGGGAAUUCUCAACCUGCUGACACUGUCUAUCGCAUACUUUGCCCUUCUAGGAAAAUUGGUGGUGUUAUUGGAAAGGGUGGCAGCAUAAUCAAAGCCCUAAGGGAAGAGACCAAAGCAAAGAUUACUGUUGCUGAUUCUGUUCCUGGUUCUGGUUCUGAUGAGAGAGUAAUUAUUAUCUAUAGUUCUCCUACAAAAAAUUCUAGGAAACAAAAUAGUGAUGAGGAUUCAGCUGCUGAGACUGAAAAAGAGUCCAUGGAGCCGCACUGUGCUGCCCAGGAUGCUCUUUUGAAAGUUCAUGACAGGAUCAUUGAGGAAGAUCUUUUUGGUGGAAUGGCACCUGAUGAUGAUAAUGAAAACAAUGAUGUUACCACUAGACUGCUUGUUCCAAACAAUAUGGUAGGGUGUCUUUUAGGCAAACGUGGAGAUGUUAUUCAAAGAUUGCGAAGUGAGACGGGGGCAAACAUACGAAUUCUUCCUGCGGAUCAUCUUCCUGCUUGUGCUAUGGACACUGAUGAACUUGUACAGAUAUCUGGAAAACCAGAUGUUGCAAAGAGGGCUCUCUAUGAAGUGUCUACUCUAUUGCAUCAAAAUCCACGCAAAGACAAACCUCCUACAAACUUCCCUGUGCCUUAUGGGGGUCAAAGUUUUCAUCCUCCUGGACCUCCCACGACAAGUGUGCAUUCACCAGGAAAAUCAAUGUGGCCACCUAGGAAUUCUAGUUCUCAUGGUAUGCCACCGAUGCCAUGGAUGGGGGGAUAUGGAAACCAGCCCUCUGGAUUUGGAUCUGGUGGCUUUAAUGAUGUUCCUCCUGGACACAGGGGAGAAACUUCAGCUGAAUUUUCUAUGAAAAUUUUGUGCUCGGCAGGGAAGAUCGGUGGAGUUAUAGGCAAGGGAGGCUUUAAUGUAAAACAGUUACAGCAGGAGACUGGAACUAGUAUUCAUGUUGAAGAUGCAUCGACAGAUUCAGAUGAGCGUGUGAUUCGUGUCUCUGCUAUUGAGGGGCUUUGGAACCCAAGAUCGCAAACUAUUGAUGCAAUCCUUCAGCUUCAGAAUAAAGCAGGUGAAUUCUCUGAGAGAGGUACUAUCGUUACUAGACUUCUUGUUCCAUCAAGUAAGGUUGGAUGCAUCCUUGGGCAAGGAGGUCAUGUUAUCAAUGAGAUGAGAAGGAGAACCCAGGCAGACAUUCGUGUUUACUCUAAAGAUGAUAAGCCUAAGUGUGCCUCUGAGGAUGAAGAGCUUGUGCAGAUAUCUGGAAAUUUUGCUGUUGCUAAAGAUGCUUUGGCAGAGAUUGGAUCAAGACUUAGAGUGAGAACUCUGCGGGAUGUUGGAGCAGAACCUGUUCCUGUUGGGCCUGUCCAGCGAUUUGGCUCUGCUGGAAGCUUACCAGGCAGGGGACCCCCAUUAUCUGGCACUAUGAGAGCCGGCAGUUCUGGUGGAUAUGAUUCUCUCAGGGGUGGACGUGACUACGAACCUCAGAGUUAUCCUGUUCCCCCACCUGCUACUGGGUACCCAAAUAUGAACAGUGGUUUGGAGACCAGGAUUCAUAACAACACAAUUGGUUAUAUUAUGGAAACUGGGGGGAGCAGCAUUUCGAAUGUCGGUUGCUGGAGCUAGGAUUAAGCUGCAAGAUCCUCAGUCCGGUGGCUCUGAGUGUGUGGUUGACAUCCGUGGAUCUUCUGAGCAUUUGGCAGCUGCACAGAGUAUACUUAAGUCCUAUAUGACCUCUUCUGGGCCGAAUAUGAGUUCCCAACAUG